AUGGAGACAGCAGAUAGGAACCACCUCUUUCUAGUCUUCACCUUUCUGACAGUGACAGCAAUAACAGCAACAAACGUAACACCAAUGCCAGCACAAAAAAAAUUAGCUCAGCAAUUCCAUCAGUUGAGCAUCAAAACUGAACCAACCUUUUUUAUUUUCCUGAAGUCAGAACAUGAGUUUUGUUUGGGAACUCUGAUCCACUACCAAUGGGCUCUCACUGCAGCCCACUGCUUCUUGCCAUUUCUUGAGAUAGAUAUUGCUGCUUCAAAUGAUGACGGUUUCUUAAAAAUUGGGAGGAACUUAAGAGCCAUGCUUACAAUCCAACACCCAAAUUUCACCCGGGAUUCCUCUGAGCAUGACCUCAUGCUUGUCAAGUUGACACAGCCUCUAACGCCCGAUGAUGAGGUGAAGCUGGCCGUUCUGCCCAAUACCACAGAGGACAGAAGAGAGGACAUGUGCACUGUUUCUGGCUGGGGGUGGACAUGGAAGAGUUUCGAGACAGAUCCUGAUAUCGAGGUAAACCAGACUGUCUUUUGGUUCUCUAAUGAAAACUGCCAAGAGUCCCCGAUAAGGAAAUUUCCUGUCAAAAUCACAGAGAACAUGUUCUGUGCGGGAUCCUCUCUGGAGAGCUCACACUCCUGUAAGGAAAUAGAUGCUGUCCCAAUCCUGUGCCAAAACCAGCUCCAAGGGAUCCUCUCCUGGGCAGAGGGGUGCAUUCUGAGAGGUGAUGUUGGCUACUACACCAAGGUUUCCCACUAUACAGACUGGAUUCUUAGUGUCAUCCGUACCAACUGAUCUCUCUGGAGUCCCUCUCCCAGUGGCACUGGAACUUGGUCGACCAUCCUUGAUCCAUCCUUCCUUUCCCUCUAACUUCAGAGAACAAGAUGGGAAUUUGGCUGCAAGAAGUUUUCUGUUCCUUCUGUUCUCUUGACUUCUUUUGUCCAUUCUCAGUCACAGCUUGAAUGAUUAUCAGAGAACUUAAGCUGGAUAAUAUUUUCAUAAAUGGGAUAACUUCUCGCUACUCCCUUCCUCUCCUCCAACUUCCUACUUAUCUGCUGUGGUUUCCCCAGGCUUUUCUGGAGCUGUUCUCCAUUCACCACCCUCCAGAAGGCAUAUAGGUCUCAGGAAUGUGACAGUGAGAUUGUGGGCACUUCUAUGGUGCCUCCUUUUGUCUGACAUCAUUAGUGUUUAGUCAGGGUUCUGUCCCUCUCACUCCAUCAUAUCUAGUAAGGCUGCAGUAAAUAGGCUGUUAGCAAUAUAAUUAUUAAAAAUAGAGGAUAUAAUUUUAAUAAAGCAACCAGUAUAAGUGUUUCAAAAAAGUUAAUAAUUGAGGGGAUGGAGAGAGGAGUUAAAUGGGUCAGACUACGAACUGAAAAGGAGGAAUGAUCUGAGAGAUCUUUCUAAAUGCUAAGCACAGAAAAAUCUAAGAUGGCUGAAAUAAGAUUACUAGAAAAACAACAGGGAAAUACUGAAACUUAUCCUAUAUAACAAAGACAGAAUAUGCAAAUUGACCAUCACUCUGU